AUGUCGAUCCCUGCAGUCAAUGCUAAUGGCACGUUGAAGGAUGCAUCAGAAAUCGCGUGGUUUCAUGAUGUCAAUGAUGAUGCCCCCAUCCCUCCCCAGCCCAAAUCCUCUUCAGCUAUCUCCUCUGCGCCCUCUCAUCGUACUCUCGACUCCUUUGUAGUAGGCCCAAUCCGGAAGCCUGCUACUGUUAUUGCCGGUGCUCGCCGCUCUGGCCGACCUACAAAGCCUUCUGCUAAGGUGCGAGAAGCAGCAAGCAGUACUGUCCCCGCAAAAUGUUCAGGUGCUGCUAUCUCACCUGUUGUCACCAAACGUGCCCUUGUCUCUACAAACACUGUUGAGCCCGAUGAUGAGGCCGAUGAGGUUGACGAGGCCGACGAGGUUGAUGAGGCUGACGAGGCUGAUGAGGCCGUUGCUGAUUUAGACAAUGCCGAAGAAGACCAGGAAGCAUAUGAGCAUACCAAGGCAUUUGGAGAUGCUGACAGAGAUCAUCGCAAAGCCUUGAAAAAGGACGAGCGCACAGCUGACCUCUGGACAAUAUUCACAGAAGAGAAAGGCCACAAGAAUGUGCAUACAGGCGAAAGCAAAGAUGGUUGGUGGUGA